AAAUAAAACCCUUCGUCUGCUUCCUACGUUUGGCGCUCUGUGUCUCUCCUAAAAAGGUCCGGAGAGAGAAAGAAACAGAUUCAGAGAUGUAUAUGGGCAUGAGUUCAACCCCUUCUCUCUCCCUUGUUCAUUUUGUGUAAUGACCAAGACUUUUAUUCUCUUCUUCUCCGAAGAAGAUGGCUCUGCAAGAAGAACCCCAAGAGCUCCAAAACCCUCCAAUGGCGUUCGACCUUUUAUUAUUCUGCGAGGAAGGAUUUGAGGAAGAUUUGAGAGACAAUGGUAGUGAUGAGGAGAGCGAGAACUGUGAUGGGUUUUCAAAAAAGCAUUCAUCUUUCCCUUUGGUUGUUCUGGAAAGUGAUAUUUUCUGGGAAAAUGAUGAACUUUCCUCUCUAAUCUCCAAAGAGGAACAAACCCAUGUGUGUUUCAGUGGCGAAAUCUCAGAUGGGUCUUUAAUGGCAGCUCGGAAAGAGGCGGUUGAGUGGAUUCUUAGUGUAAAGGCACACUAUGGGUUCUCCUCUUUGACCACCGUUCUAGCUGUGAACUACUUUGAUAGAUUCAUUGCCAGUCGGCCGUUUCAGAGGGACAAGCCGUGGAUGAGUCAGCUCGCCGCUGUCGCCUGCGUCUCGUUGGCCGCCAAAGUGGAGGAGACCCAUGUGCCCCUUCUCUUAGAUUUGCAAGUGAAGGAAUCAAAGUAUGUUUUCGAAGCAAAAACCAUUCAAAGAAUGGAGCUUUUGGUGCUAUCGACUCUUGCGUGGAGGAUGAAUCCGGUGACCCCAAAUUCAUACUUUGAUCACAUCAUCAGGAGGUUCGGUUUGAAGAUCCACCUGCAUUGGGAGUUUCUGUGGAGAUGUGAGCGUUUACUUCUAUCCGUCAUUGCGGAUUCCAGAUUUACUUGUUAUUUGCCUUCCGUAUUAGCUACUGCAACAAUGCUGUAUGUUAUUGAUGAAAUUGAGGCAUUUAAUCCUGUGGAAUACCAAAAUCAGCUUAUGAAUUUACUUAAAGUCAGUAAGGACAGGGUGAAUGAGUGCUCCAAGCUCAUCCUGGAACUGUCAGGGAGAGUCGAAAACCAAAGCCACAAACGCAAGCAUUUAUUGGUACCCAGCAGCCCUAAUGGGGUUAUUAACGCAUCUUUCAGCUGUGACAUGUCAAAUGGUUCAUGGGCGGUGGCAUCACCGGACUCAUCCUCACCAGAUCCUCAAUUUAAAAGGAGCAGACUGCAGAACCAGCAGAUGAGGUUGCCCUCUUUAAAUCGUGUGUCUGUGGAUGUGCUGAGCAGCUCACGUUAGUCUCUGAUUGUCUUUUGUCUACUAUUAAACAUGGUAGUAUAUAAUCCCUCUUUUGUGUAUUAUGUUAUUGGCGGUAUCUGUAUUGAGUACGUCUCUAAUAUAUCAUCAUUCCCUCUGUGGCCAAACUUGUGAAAAUGAAACGCUGUGAGAUUAAAACUCCACCUCUCUCACCUAUUUCUUGAGAUGUGGUUGGGGGAGGGGGGGGUGUUUGCUGAUGAAUGGAAGCAAUCAAUCAUGCUUGA